CCCAAAGAAUCUUCGGAAUUCUUAUCGUACGCUUCAUCAGCAACUGAUCAAAAACGCUCUUCUCGUACAUCUUUGAGUGCGGUUGUUGGCAAUACAGAAAUAUUACAUUAUUUUGAGAUAAAUGUAUUAUCCAAUACAAGUCCAAAGGAUGUGACAAUAGCAAUAGGUCUUGCUACAAAACCUUAUCCAUCGUUCAGAUUGCCUGGCUGGAACCUUUACUCAGUAGGCUAUCAUUCUGAUGAUGGCCGAAAAUUUAAUGAUGCAUAUGGAGGCCGCGAGUACGGUCCUGAAUGGGGUAAAGUUGGUGAUACUGUCGGAUGUGGGUAUUAUCCAGCUACUGGAUAUGUGUUCUUUACAAAAAACGGACGGAAUCUUGGCACUGCAUUUACCGGAAUUCGACAUCUGUGGUAUCCGACUAUUGGUGCUGACGGUCCAUGUAAAUUAGAGGUCAAUUUCGGAGAUGGAGCGCGACCAUUCAGAUAUAAUGAAGCACAAGGCUUUGGACCUACGGGACCU